AUGACACAGACAUCAACAACAACUUCUUUAGAAACAGCCACAACCUCAAACUCUUCCACCUCUUCUUCUUCAUCACCCUCACCACAUUCAACUUACCAUGGAGUAAGAAAACGCAGCUGGGGAAAAUGGGUGUCAGAAAUUCGAGAGCCUCGCAAAAAAUCAAGAAUCUGGCUCGGAACAUUCUCAACGCCAGAAGCUGCAGCUAGGGCACACGACGUAGCAGCUUUAACAAUCAAAGGCAAAACCGCUAUUCUCAAUUUCCCUCAUUUUUCCAACAUGCUUCCUAUACCUGCCACGUCAGCACCACGUGAUAUUCAAGCUGCGGCAACAGCAGCGGCUGCUAUGGUUGACUUUGAUAAGCCUGUCGUGCAUGUUACUGGCCAAUGUUGUUCUGAUGAAUCUCAAGAAGAUGAACUUAGUCAGAUUGUUGAACUUCCAAAAAUUAAUGAAGAAUGUGAAGAUGAUAGCUCUGCUUCUAAGUUUGUAUUGUAUGACUCGGUUGAUAGUGAUUGCUUUUAUCAUCAAACUCCGACCAAUGGCUCUGAAGGAAUCGAAUUCUAUGCGACAUUUUCUGAUGAUUUUUUCAUCCCCAUUUGGGAUUGA